ACUUGGAUUAUACUUAAAAGUAUUUUUUCCAUUAUUCAUAUACAGCCAAUAAUUUGUGACCAGCAUCGUAUUGUUAUAUUGAUAGGCGCGAAUUAGGUGCAGUGCAGUGGCGACUGAGUGACCUUCACGGCAGGAUUGCUAGUGUAACAUCGCACCGGAUGUGAUGGAUGCAAGCGUAGAGUUUCAAACGCGUCCUUGUUGACAAGUAUACUAGUAAUGACGAGGUAUUUAACUCUAAAACUAACUGACCAGCGCAACCAACUUGAGCUCCACUUCUUUCAUUUUUCUUCGUUAGGUUCUCUUCAAUUUUGUAUCAUUUCCAGGCCGCGCUGGUGACAGCAUUCUCACGCAGUGAACGCAUCGCUGCAUCUUAUUUGAAGCACUAAUAAUUUUCCACUCUAGUCGUUCUUCACCACAUUGUCUGCAAUUUCUCUUUGCUGACCUUCGCAAUAUGGCCACCACAACACAAGUCGCCGGUACCUCAGGCUCUCUUCUGUCAUCAGUCGAUUUGGCUGACGAAAUGGCCGGGAUUUACAGCAAUUUUUUCGGCAACAUGUACCUGAGUCCCAAAAUCAUGCGCUUUAUAGUCAGGAAAGAAUGCCAUGGCAAGGCGAUCGAUGAAACCUACAGGCAAUACAUGGAACGCCUGCGGGGAAGUCCCUUCAGUAAUAAAGAAUGGAAAGACGCAUUUCGGAUAUCACGGAAUGUUUUACAGACUGACCGAAAUCCUGAUAACCUGGACGUUACGGAUCUCUUCUGUUUACUUGAGAAUCUUUUCGCUCGCGCAGCCGAUAAUGGCACCCGGGAUAUUACCGGUAUGAUGAACAAAUUGCGGGUCGUCAAAGACCUGCGAAAUGAAGUCAUGCACAACAUGGCGGCCACUGCAGACCCACAAAAAUUUAGUGACUUGACAACAGCGCUAUUGGAGCUAGUGAGAGAAACGGAAUUGUUUUAUUCUCUUCCUCAAGCUGAGGUUGAAGCUCUAGAAAAAGAGCUACAAGACGACAUUGAUAGGCGGUUGGCUCCAGAAAAGCAGGUUAUUUAUUACACAUGCUCCAGGUUAGCAACAAGCGGGAAAAAUGCUGUGAGAAUUCUCUGGGAGACCCGGUUAUCCAGUGAGGUCCUAAUGUUUAGCAAUGAAAAAGUACAUCGACAAGCCGUAUUCCACCCACUUGAACUGAUGCUAAAACUUGGCGCUAGUGGAAAUGUUAUUCCUUACACUGAAAUUUUCCAGGUUUGUGAGAAGUUCAUCGUGAUAUCGGGCGUGGCUGGAGCCGGCAAGACGACUCUCCUCAAGAACAUCACACUUCAAUUUUUUGAGCUCCAGCAGGUUAAGGUAAAAUACCUGCAACCUUUCAACCAGCUCAUCCUGUUCGAGUGCAGGGAUCGCUCCACAAAAACUCUGAGUGAAGUUAUCGAGCAUCAUUUUGAAGAUCUAUGCAGCAACAUAAGAAAAGAAAACGUCCUUAGGGCUCUGCUACAUCUUGAUGUCAUAUUUCUCAUUGACGGCUUCGACGAAAUCAACAAAGUUUCUUCAAACGUCGUGAUGGAGAUCAUCAAAAAGACGUGGCGGAGCAACUGCCGAGUUGUCAUCACGACUCGACCACAUUUCGUGAAGCAGCUGGCACUUAUCUUGUCUAAAAACGAUAUCUGCCAUACGGAGUGCGAGAUAUUGCCACUCAUCAAGCUAGAAAACCAACUAAAAUUUUUAGAAAGGUACGAAGAGUACCACGGUGGAAGCAACCGAAGUGGAGAGUUGUGCAGAAGUUUUUCGUUGCUGGAUAAAAAUGUUCGAAGUUUAUUCACGGAGCCUUUAAAUUUACUCCUUUUCUGCCACUUGUGUAGGCACUUUCCUGAGAAGAUACCCUUGUGGCAAACGUUCGCGGACGUGGCGAGCGACAUUUUCUUAUUGUACAAAACUCUUGUCCUGACGAAGAUAGUGGAUUCGAAUUAUAUUAACCUUGAAGGCCUGGUUGACGAUCAAUUUCUAUGCAUCGGUGCUGCAGCAUUGGAUUUUCUCAAGAGUAAUACAUUGAGUUUUUCUGAAGAAGAAUUCCGCUCCAUCAAAAAAAUGUGUAACUUUCAGUUAAAAUCUGCCGAAGGUAUCAGCGAUAUCGACGCAGAAAUUUUCCUUUCAGUGGUUUUGAAAGUGCAUAGACCUUUUUCUGGGAAAGGAGGCAUCACGUACACUUUUCAUCACAAAUCUGUGCAGGAAAUUUUCGCCGGCAAGUAUAUCGUCCAACGUAUUUUGUCAUGCAACGACUCCAUCAACUCAAUUCUGGGACUUACGUCAAUAAAAAGAAAUUGGUAAGUUGUCUGCAAGACAUUCAUGUCAUUGCAUAUAUAACUCGGCAAUCAACUCGGCCGGUGAGCUGAAAAUUUAAUUCCAAACAUACAGCUUGAUGGUAGAUCAAUAACAGGAAGUGAUAAUUCUUUUUCAGUUCCAACUUUUUUCUCGGAUGAAAACUAAACGCUUGAUUCAUCUUUCAGGUUAUGGAUUCAUUGGUAACGAAAUUAUAAUAACUGUAAAUAUAAGACGCACGAAUAAUAUAAGUUUUUUUUUCGAGUAUAUAUAAUGAUAAAUCUAUAUCCGGCUU